AGAGCGGAGCUGAGCGGUGCUCGGGGCAGUGAUCUUCCCCCAGAUAGACAGGUGCAGGCAGCGCCCUGGGCGGCUGUGUCUACGCAGGAGAACGGCGGGCAUGACUAACCCCGGCACGAAGGGGUCGUUCCUCUCACAGCCGAUGGUGAAGAGCGUGCUGGUGUAUCGCAACGGGGAUCCUUUCUUCCCGGGGCGCCGCAUUGUCAUCAACGAGAAGAAAGUGUCCAACUUUGAGGUCUUCCUGAAAGAGGUGACCGGCGGGGUGAAGGCACCCUUCGGAGCUGUGCGUAACAUCUAUACGCCCCGGGCUGGGCACCGUGUCCGGCAGCUGGAGGAGCUGCAGAGUGGAGAGCAGUAUGUGGCUGGUGGCAGGGAAGCCUUCAAGAAACUGAACUAUUUGGACAUCGGAGAAACAAAGAAAAAGCCUGCUGAAGCCAACAAUGAGCAGUCAACAGUGGAAGAUGUCAAGCCAGUUACUCAUAGCAGAAUCACUGCAUCAGCACGGUUUCGAAAACCACUCCAGGAGCCCUACACAAUUUUCCUGAUUGCCAAUGGAGACCUUAUUAGCCCUGUAGUGCGACUCCUUAUUCCCAGGAAAACUCUGAAUCACUGGGACCACAUUCUUGAAAUGGUUACAGCAAAGGUUUCCCUCAGAAGUGGAGCUGUUCACAGACUUUACACUUUAGAUGGAAAACAUGUUCAGAAUGGGUCAGACUUGGAGAAAGGGCAAUUUUAUGUUGCAGUGGGUAGAGAAAAGUUUAAGAAGUUACCAUAUGGUGAGCUGCUGUUUAGCAAAUCUACAAUAAGGCCACAGGGUUCUAAAGCAUCUGUACUACCUCCAAUUGCAGGAUCUCGAAAAUCUAAGGGCAGUGGAAACGAUCGGCAGUCUAAAUCUACCGUUGCAUCCAGUGACCCUGGGGAAAAGAGUUCCUCACCUCAGCCUCCAAAAGAGAAGGUCAAAAAAUGCCAUAAUCCAGAGGAUUCUACAUCCAGAGGAUACAGUUCUAACAAAUCUGCAAAAGUAAAACAAACAGCUUCCACGGGAUUCCUGCAAGAUAAUGGUGAAGGGAUUUACAGAGCUAGCGAAAAGCGUCCUGAAAUGUGGGGGGCAGCUGAAGUUCAAGAAGAUGAAGACACUCGUGUAGAAGUUCCACUGGACCAGAGGCCAGCAGAAACUGUAGAUGAAGAAGAAAAUGCAGAAGAGGAAAAUGACAGAGAAGAGGAGGAAGCAUAUAAACAGAAGGAAGAAUAUCCAGAAGUGAAUGGAGAGGAAAGUGGGGAAACUGUUACAAAAAGUAACAGAGAAGGAGAAAAUAAGAAUAAAUUAAAUGGGAAUUAUGAGCACGAAACAGAGAAUGUUGACCAGGCAGAGGAAGAGGAUCUCAUCCAUUUAAAUGGCAAGAUAAAUGAAGAAAAUGGUGAGGGGAUGGAGCAGAUGAACAGCCAAGAGGAUCUUCAGCAUGAAGAGGAUGUAAAAGAGGAUUAUUCUGGCAGUCAGAACCAAAGAAGUUGAAGUCAUUUAUGGCACUGGAGAAAGUUGAUUCCCAUCAUGAAAAACCAUCCAGAAAUCCAAGGGUGACAAUCACUAGCCCACAGGAAAGUGAAAAAAAGGACCAGAGCAAUGACUAUGCUGUAGUUGCAUAGAUAAAAGGAAAUGUAAUCAGUGGGAAAUUAAAUAUUGUAAUACUUUCAAGCAUGCUAUUUUAUGUGAUUUAUAACUUAAAAUGGAAAGAUAGAUUGAGUACCCACAUACUGAGUCUUGAGAUGAUAAUAGCAUAUAGAAGAAUAGGACAUAAACAUUAAUAUCUACUAAAUUACAUUGAAUAAUUUUCACAAGAUGUGACUUUCUGUUGGAAUUUGAACGAAAAAAAAUGUAAUACUACCAUAUAGUAAUGUUAGAAACAUUAGAAAUAAACUAUUUUGUGAUAUCAGAUGAUUACCUGUAGCAGAGUCAACUAUACAAAUGACACUCGUCAAGAAAAAGGGUAAAUAAACAAGUUAAAUGUCAGAACUUCUUUUCAGGUUUGUUUAGAAAAGAGAAAUAAUCUGUUACUUUUAAGGAUACGAUAUAAGUAGUUUUUCCCAUUGAAAUUCCACACUAUAUACUCUAUUUCCAGGCAUAACUUUAAGAUAGAAAUAGAAUGCUUUGCUUAAGAACAGAAAAUAAGAUGUACUAUGAGUCCUAAUAUUACUGGAUAGUGGCUUUCAGUAUAUUAAUUGGAAUCAUUUUUAUUUUUGCAUUCUUAAAUAGCACCUUUUUAUCAUUGUGAAGAUAGGUUGACAGCCUACAAUGCUGCAACUUAUUCACACAUGCAACAGUAAGUUUUGUCAGUUGUCCUGCACCAGUUCACUAAGCAGUGAACUGUUAUUACAGCGAAAAAAGAAUAAAGCACAGGUAUGUAGCAGGCCAGACAUGGAGCAAAUCAAUUUGAUUGCACUUCAGUUCAAGUGAAAUCUAAUUUAUUAAUGAAAAAAAUGAAGAUGCUCAGAUUCAGACUGAAAUUAGCAUGAAAUCAUUAUUAUCAAUGGAGCCAUUUUAAUAUGAAAUACAUUAAUAUAAGAUUACUAGUUUACUGUAAAAUUCAGCAGCUGUUGUGUUUAUGAAUCCCUUACACAGCCUUGAUGCUUGAAAGCAUAUUAUCAUUUUUUUGAGUUAGCAGGUUCCUGAUAGGCUGUGGCUUAAUUUGCAUUAGAAAGUAAGCCAUUGAUCCACAGUAUUAGCUCUCAUAAUGACAUCAACACCAUUACUCUUACCAUUUCUCUGUUAGUAAUAGCAAUUAUUUGUAGAUCAUGAAAUACAGCCCCGAGCAUAAUUUCAUUAAUUAUACAAACGAUAUAGUGGGUUUCCUUAUCAUUAAUGCUGGUAAAUUAUGACAAUGAGAAAUUAAAUGUCAUUUUUGUUGAUUUCAUGCUAUUAAGAUCAAAAUUACAUUCAGGAACAAAUUGAACUUGAAGCACUGUUUGAACGAAGUGUAGAAAAAUUAUUGUGACUGAAACUCAUAGAAAUAUCUGUACUUUUCUACCAACUAUUAAAUACGCUUUUCCAAUGGGGAAGAAAUAUGUAGAGAUCCUUUAGCAUGUUCCUGAGCACCGGCAAUGUGAAUUUAAAAUAACUUUAAAAAACACAGGAACAAGGUUAGAAUGGUUUGCUCUGCUCUAACUCUGAAAUAUCCGUGAUUUACAUAUCCUUUAUUGAACUGUCUGACAAAGUAGAGGAACAUUGCCUAUGUAUUCUGCUCAAAAUAAGAUCCUAAUCUAGCCAAGCUUUUAGGCAAUGAUCAUUUUAUUUGAUGCAUUUUAAGAUGAUUCUUGAAGAUAAGCAGAACUACAACCAACCAACUAACAACAAAAUAAACCCAAAACAGUAUGAAUAAAACAACUACAAGUGCUUAUGAGGAAAGUGAUACAUUGUAAUCCUCUAGGUGCCUUUAUAGGUAAUUUUGCAGUGGAAUUAUAUAUGCAGUAGCAUUAAAAGCCAUCGAGCAAUACUUAACUAGCCAGACCAGAAAGCUCUGUGUCAGCAUACCUUCUUGCAGGGCCCACCAAGGAAAAUGGCUAGUACUCCAUCUUCACUCCUUUAGAAAUGAAUAGCUCAACAUCGUCUUCAGUGUGCUCAAGAAUCGAGACAAAUGACAGUGAUCUUGUAUUGACAUUACUAUGUAGAGUUGUUGACUUGAAGUUAAUGGUGUACCCAAAUACAGGACUCUACAUGUUGUCAUCUUAUUGCAGGUGAAGUCCUGAACAACCUCGGAGAUGAUCUUCGUCCUCAGAAAUUUGAAAUUAAAUUGACAACCAAACAUGUCUGAUAAAGAUAAUUAAUGUGGAGAUCAUUUUCCUCAAAAUGUUGUACUUAAAAACAUAAAAUUAGGAGCAGAGUUUUGUAUAGAGACUCUGUUUUCUAUUCGUAACUUCUGUCUGCUGAUUGUUUCUCUCGUUUCUUCCUUUUUCUGCCAAAGUUCAGUGUCCUCAGUGCUUAAAGACCUACAGAUAUCAGUAAGAGGUAUUUAGAAGCUUAAAGUAAAUUCUAGGGAACUGUAACGUGAUAAUUGUCUUUCAUGGCAACAUGAAAAUGCCUGUGAGAGUUACUCAGCCUUUAAAAUAUUUUCCUCUCUGCUGAUCAUCUUGUAAGAAAGAUUGAAUAUUUUGCUUCAGAAUGGACAAACUGGACUUUGGGGAGAGAUGCAGCCAUUUCAUCAUUCACUCUUACAGUACUGAAAACAUCAACUUUGUAUCUGAUUCUCUUGUACAUAGAAAAUUAAUUUAUGCAUAACAAUUCUGAUGUUAACAGAGAAAUCAAUCAAGAAGAAGCAUACGUAUGGUCUUCGCUAAAAAUUAUUUUUGCGUGUGCGAAUUUGCUGUGAUGACUUAAAUCAUUUUUACAUGAGAAAUGAUUUUUUCUUAAGCUUAUAUGGUGUUACUUAAAGCUUCUAUGCAACAUUUUUGGGGGGUUUUAAGACAUUUUCUUUCUUUUGGUGUUAUUUUUAAAAACAAUUUGCUAUUAAGAAAGAACCAGCACACAGACACUUGUGCUUUUGUCCCAAGUCAAGACCAGUUUGACAUUAAUUUUAGCUUUGUAUGACUGAUGUUAUUUACAAACCUUGCCAUUUUUCAGCUGUUAGGAUUCUUCCAUCACUAGAACUUCAGAAAGGUCAGAUUUUGUAGUUAUGGUAUUGUAACUGUGAAAGAAAGUAUGCUGAUAAUUCGUCUCCCAUUAUAGUCUACAAAUAAAAGAAUUAAUUCCUAAUUUCAGCAAAGCUCUAAAACAUGUACUUAAAUCCCAUAGAGAUGCAGUUUUCAUCAAAUUUUAUUUAAUGCUUCAGUGAUCUCACAUACCAGAGUCAAAAUAACAUUAAUUUCUGGAAAGAAAAGGGUGAAAAUAAAGAAAAUGCAUUCCUUU